AUGCUUGACGAAUGGUCGAACAACCUGUUGGUACACGAUCCUAUGCGAAUAUAUCGCGCGAAGCGCGACGCUAGCCACAAGACCGUGGCAGCGAAGUACCAUAUCCUGGGCUUCAUUUCGUCCGGCACGUACGGGCGCGUCUACAAGGCUCAGAGCCACGGAGAUCCAGGAAGACUGCAUGCUAUCAAGAAGUUUAAGCCAGACAAGGAGGGCGACGUGAUUACAUACACUGGUAUCAGCCAAAGUGCAAUACGGGAGAUCGCACUGAACCGCGAGAUAAGCCACGAGAAUGUUGUCUCGUUGCGCGAAGUCAUCCUCGAGGACAAGUCGAUCUACAUGGUGUUUGAGUACGCGGAGCAUGACUUUCUGCAAGUCAUUCACCAUCACUCCCAAACGCUGCGGACACCACUUCCCACAAGUCUCCUCAAAUCAUUGACUUACCAGCUGCUGAACGGCCUGCUUUACCUUCAUUCUGCACACAUCCUGCACCGUGACCUGAAGCCAGCCAACAUCCUGAUCACCUCAAAUGGUGUGGUGAAGAUCGGGGACCUUGGGCUUGCGCGCCUGAUCCACGAACCCCUCCAGCCACUUUUCGCAGGCGACAAGGUGGUCGUCACCAUCUGGUAUCGCGCACCGGAGCUGCUGUUGGGCGCGAAGCAUUACCACAAGGCUAUCGACUGCUGGGCUGUCGGCUGUGUCCUCGCCGAACUCGCGAGCCUGCGCCCAAUCUUCAAAGGCGAGGAGGCGAAGCUCGACUCGAAGAAGAACGUGCCCUUCCAGCGCGACCAGCUCAUCAAGAUAUUCGAGGUGAUCGGGACACCUACGGAGCGCGAAUGGCCAGGGGUCGUCGACAUGCCUGAGUAUCACAACAUGAAGCGACUGGACCAGAUGAGUAACCGUCUAGCGGAGUGGUGCACCAAUCGUAUCCGAAGUCCCGCAGGCGUCGACCUUAUCAGGAGCCUCUUCAUAUACGACCCGGACGUUCGCCUAACAGCUCACGACGCCCUGCGGCACAAGUGGUUCCAUGAGGACCCGAAGCCAACAAAGAAGUGA